AUGGUGAAGGACGAGUCAAAGAAACAUGUUCUGACUGCUUUCACUCCUAAUGGGGACUAUGUUGCUAUUUUGUCUGAUGGGACAGCCAAAAUUUGGAACACAAUCACUGGACAUUUGUUAGCACAGUGGAAGCCAUCAGAUGGAGAUCAUGAUAUUCGUUAUUCUUGUAUUGCAUCUAGUUUCACUGGAAUAAAGCAUAGAAAAGAAGAGGGAACUUGCUUAUUAGCUCUCGGCACUAUUCAUGGAAGAGUUUUGGCUGUUGAUGUUUCCACUGGAGAGAAAAAGUUGACUACCAGUUAUCCCGGGGAGAUCUGUGGACUCUCAUUUGCAAAUAAAGGACGUGUUCUUCGGAUUGUUGGACAUAAUGGGAUGGCACGCGAGGUUAAUACUGAAACAGGAGAACUUAUAAAGGAAUUCAAAGUCUCAAAAAAGUCUAUCACUUCUCUGGCUUUCUCACAUGAUGAAAAAUAUUUAGCUAUUGUCAGCUCUGAUAAAAUACGGGUUAUAAGCUGGGGAAUUGGGAAAGAGGUUCUGAAGUUUCCUAAUGAUUUGGGAAAUGUACAACACAUUUCUAUAUCCAAUGAUGCCAAAAAUUUAGUUUCAUCCAAUUUUGAGGGUAAACAUCUUCAAGUUUGGAAAUGUGAUUUAAAUUCAGGAUAUGUUGGUAGAGGUCCUACACUUCCCACAAGGCAUCACCCAUUAGUUUUGGACUGCCACUGUGGUUUCAAUAAAGAAGAAGAUAUCAUUGUUUUGGCAGUUACGGGUAGAGGUUCUACUUAUAUUUGGAAUUUGAAUUCUUUCUCUGAAGAUCAGAUACAGCCAACUAAAUUGACCACAAAGACCAAAAUAGCUGAAACAGACAAGGAAAAUCGUGGUGGAAGUUCAAAGAAAAGGCACACUUCAAUUAUUGCAUCCAGAUUACAACCUGUAGAGGAAGACAAACAGAUUAAAGCCCUUGUGGCUUAUGGGUCUGUAGAUCAUCCUCAGAUUAGUGUCUUAAGUAUUAGCAAUUCAGGGGAGACUAUAGUAUUAAAUGUAGAAGAUGACACGGAUUCUGUUCAUCAGCAUGACACUCCUUCUGGCAAAGCAAUACCAAUGGAAAGCAAGAAAAGUAAGAAAAGACAAGCACCCUCUGACCCUGAUGUUCUAACCACGACUGAAAAGGCCGAUUUAGCAUUUAAUGUAGGUCAACAUGAGGCUGCAGAAGGAGUUCUCCUUGAUGAUGAUUUGAAUGAGCCAACAAUGGGAGAGAAACUUGCUAGUCUAAGUUUACUGAAGGAGAACAAAGUCAGGAGUGAUAAAGAGCAAGAAUCUUCUGUCUCAGAAAAGCCUCCAAGUGCAGACUCUGUACAUGUUUUGCUUAAGCAAGCAUUAAAUGCCGAUGAUCGCACCCUUUUACUAGAUUGCUUGUAUACGCAAGAUGAGAAGGUUAUUAGAAAGUCAAUUGCACAGUUGAACCCAUCCAACGUCCUCAAACUUCUAUACUCCCUCAUAUCCAUUAUUGAAUCUAGGGGUGCAAUUUUGGCAUGUGCUCUUCCAUGGUUGAAGAUUCUACUUCUGCAGCACGCAAGCGGAAUAAUGUCCCAGGAAUCUUCAUUAAAAGCUUUGAACUCUUUGUAUCAACUGAUUGAGUCCAGGGUCUCCACUUUUAAAUCUACCAUCCAACUCUCAAGUUGCUUAGACAUCCUUUACUCAGCGGUUAUCGACGAGGAGGACGAUGAAGGUGAAGUAGUGCCAGUUAUCUUCGAGGAUAAGGAUAGUAGUGAAGAAGAAUCUGAUGAGGAUGCCAUGGAAACUGACCAAGAUGUCACAGAUGAAGAACAACCAGAGCAAGACUUCGAUGGUGUCAGUGACAUUGAUGCAAAUGAUGACAUGAUGGAAGAUUAA